AGGGAAUAAUCUGUAAUGAAUAAUACUCAAAAUGAUCAGCAAUCAACAGAAAUGCUUUUAUCCAACAAAGCCACUCUGAGAGUCCUGCCCAACAAAUCCCAGUUCUUUAGAUACGAGUCUGUCUCUUUUAGCUGUGAGGGAAACUCUUCUGAGUGGAAAGUGAAGAGGAACACAUCCAAAAACACAAAUGAAGAUUGUCCAAAUUCCCCCGAAAAAAAUCCCAACCACUUUGUUAUUGAUGACCUUUACACCUCUGACUCUGGGGUUUACUGGUGUGAGUCUGAGCCAGGAAGGUGCAGCAACAGCGUCAACAUCACUGUGACCGGUGGCUCUGUGAUCCUGGAGAGUCCUUCUGUUCCUGUGAUGGAGGGAGAAUCUGUGACCCUGAUCUGCAGAAACCAGACCUCCACCCUGUCAGCUGACUUUUAUAAAGAUGGCCGCCUCAUCAGUAGCAGCUCUUCAGGAAACAUCACCAUCCACAGGGUUUCUAAAUCUGAUGAAGGACUCUACAAGUGUAACAUCUCUGAUGGUGGACAAUCACCAGACAGUUGGCUGGCUGUCAGAGCAGCAGUGCAUCAGGAGUCGCCUGCCCCCCCCUCCCUUGUUCUGGUUUUACUUCCUGUGUUUGGCGUGUGCCUCGCGCUGGGCUCUCUGAUGCUGCUCGGCCUCUGGAGGAACCACAAAGGUGAAGAUGAAGCAGACGUUGAUUACACCAAUGUUACCGUCACACAGGAAGGGCUGCCAAUCAGGAUCAGAGAUGCUGACACGGCAUCCACCUACUCCACAGUGAGAACCUGACAGGAACUACAGCUGAGGCCGUUUGAAGAUAAUUAUUGGAAAGACAUGUUGUAAAAG